AUGUCUGUUGAUGGCUUUCCGAGUAUCAUGAUUCCACUCGAACAACAAGCCCGGGUGAACCCCUCAGUCCAGUCUAUGUGGCCGAAGAAACAGGCAUCAAGUCCUGAAACCGAGCUUUUGAAUUUCCAGACCGCCGAAUUGCACCUCUUAUUAGAAGCCAUUUGUGCACUUAACCCUUCACUCCACAUCUCGAAGACGGCUUACAACUCUCCUAUCAACUGCCAUUCACCUCGUCAUGACGUCUAUGUUGAUGAUUCAUGUGGACCAUCUUCUGAUCAUACGUAUUUGAGGCCGGAUAACUCAGUAACACAGCAUCUGAAUCUUUGCUCUUCAGAUCUACAUCCGCUACCCAUGGCUAGAGUUCAAUCUCCGGGAUGUGGCUUUGGCCAUUCUUGGGAGCCCACGCCGCUUACGCCUAAGUGUUGUAGCCCAACGAGCAAACCCUCUUCUCCGCCCUCGGACGCAAUCGCAACACCGAGCGACACCAAUUUGUCUACCUCUACUCCUCGACCUUCUGCGAAUGCCCCUUUGCCUAAGACCGAAUCCUCACCCGAAUCUAAAGGCCGACUACCUCUCAAGCUACACUCAACUUACUGGCCAAAGAAAAUUCGCUCGAAGAAAACUUGGUUACUUCAAAACAAAACAAGAAAAACUUUGGACACCAUACCCGAGAAUCAAGAAUGGAUAAUCCAGAAUCGAUAUCAGCAGGACAUCUUGACGAACCUUCUCUCCGACAAUUCUGAACCAAAAUCCGUUUUCGAGAAUGAUUCUGACAGCGAGGACGGUGACGACUGA